UUUGAAUUUUCAUUGUUGUGUAUUUUUUCAGUGACGUUUGCCUGCCCUUCAGGAUUUUCCACUCAUGAAAAUAACUGUUAUGUGCUACUUCCGGUUCCAACUACGUGGGCGGAAGCUUUGCGACUUUGUGAUGCAGUAAAAGCAAAAUUAGCAUGGAUAAACAACGCCGAAGAGAACACAUUUAUUGUUCAGAUGUUGAAAAAAGCAAAUACAACAGGUCCUUCAGUAGAGGUGUGGUUGGGAGGAACAGAUAUGUUACUUGAAGGUAUGUGGAUGUGGGCAGACAAUAUGGAACUGAUCGAAUACACUCACUGGUUUCCGAACGAACCCAACAAUGCAGGCAACAAUCAACACUGUUUGGGGAUGAUGGUGCAUCAAGAGUUUCAGUGGGAUGAUUAUUCAUGUGACCUUAAGAAUUAUCCCUUGUGUAAAAGGAUGCAAGGCGAUGGUGAACAGACAGUAAUUGGAUGAAUGAAUCAAAU